CUGUUGAACGCGCCACCUGUCAUAGUGCCCUAUCAUGGCCAACGGACAGCAGAAGGGGCGGGAAGAGGCCCGUGUGGACGCACCUGUGAACGUUAGCGCUGUGCUGCUCGACAUUGAGCAUGCGGUGGUCGAGGACGACCCUAGGACAUGGUCAAGCACGCGGAAGUCGCUAGUCCUCGCGACUGUUACGGGCGCGAGCGUCUUGAACGGCCUUGGCGCGAACAUUUACACUCCCGCGAUCCCGCAGAUCGAGCAGCAGUUGCACGCGUCGAGUGGGGCGAUCAGCCUCAGUUUGGCGCUCUUCAUCUUCCUCCAGGGGUGCGUUCCGCUGGUGUGGACGACACUCAGCGAGUUCUGGGGGCGGAAGAGAGUGUAUUUGCUUUCGACCGCGCUGUGUUUCGUCGGAUGCGUGGUCUGUGCGCUCGCGAAGUCUAUAGGAAUAUUGAUCGGCAUGAGAUGCGUCCAAGCCAUUGGCUUGAGCCCCGUGUUGUCCCUGGGGGCGGCGACAUUAGCAGACAUGUACGAGCCUAGAGAGCGCGGGACGAUGAUGGGCAUCUAUUAUAGCGGCCCCUUGCUCGGCCCAGCGCUCGGGCCCAUCCUGGGCGGCGUGCUCACGCAGGCGUUCAGCUGGCGCGCAACGUUCUGGUUCCUCGCGAUCUUCGUCGGCGCCUGCUUCCUGCUCUUCGUGCCGUUCAGGGACACGUUCCGUCGCGAGCGGAGCCUCGUGUACCAGAGUGCGCUCAGGCGGCGCCUCCGUGCGCAACAGUCGUCCGAGGCGUCCAGUGUGUCGCAGGAGACGGCCGUGUCCCCCGCGGUGCCUAGUGGUGGGCAGCAGGAGAAGCGUGAAGCCGAAGAACGAGACGAGAGACGAGAGGAUGGAGGAGAGGGCCGGAGAGAGGGCGAUGUCGAGAAACAGCAGGAGGUCCAGAUUGAUGCCGAUGCGGUGGCGGGACCGUUGAAGGAGGUAAAGCUGUCGCUAUCGGACGUGAACCCAGUGAAACCUAUCGUCCAUGUGUUGCGACGAUUGAAUAACGUCGCGAUGUUCCUUGCUUCAGCGCUGGUCUUCUCGUGCACCUACUCCAUCACGUACACGUGUUCGCGAACGCUUUCCAGCCAGUACGGAUACGACGCGCUAAAGAUCGGGCUAACCCUCCUCGCUUUCGGUGUAGGCUCACUCCUGGGAAGCGUACUGGGAGGCCGAUACUCGGACUACGUCUACCGCAAAGUCAAAGCGCUUAAUGGCGGCGUUAUCCAGGCCGAGACGCGUCUCGAGAGCACGGCCGUCCCCAUGCUCCUGCUCCCGCCCUCCGUCAUCGCGUACGGCUGGGUGUGCGAGCGCCAUGUCAGCGUCGCAGCAAUAUGCGUUAUGCUGUUCCUGAUAGGCUUUUUCUCCAUCUCGUUCUACUCCUGCACGCUCGCGUACAUCGUGGACGCAAACGCAGGCCGGUCGUCCUCGGCCUUGGCGGCGAACAGCACGAUUCGAGGCGCCUGUGCGCUCGUAGCGUCGGAAGUCGCGGUCCCCUUGCAGAGCGCGCUUGGUGACGGAGGUUUGUACUCGCUAUGGGGUGGGCUGGUAAUCCUCUCCGGGCUGCUCACCCUGCUGGUAUGGUGGAAAGGCGGUGCGUGGCGACAAAGGUGGGAGUCAAGGGAAGGUGGCUCGUGAAGAAUUCAAGUAUGUUUAGGUGCGGAAAACAUACACAUAGAGAUGUGUAUUUUCUGCCGGCAUUACAUAUCCUGUGCAUAUGCAUCAGCAACUUAGAACGUCCUGUUCAGAUAUUUCCUGGUAAA